CACAAGACUACAGAUUCAUGGCUUUGGAACACAUGGCUGAAAUGUAGGCACCACCUCGAAAAAGGAACCCUGCAGUCAAUAGACGAUGGCAAAAACACCUCUAUCUGGUCUGAUCCUUGGUUAGCUGGCACUACCAACCUCUGCCCCAUACCUAUUUUCCCCUCUGACAGACAGACACUGAAAAAGGACCAGCUUUCGCUCAAAGGAAUCCAAAGUGACCCCAUUUGCAAGGUUUGUGGCACGGCUGUCGAGACCUUGGAGCAUAUCCUAUUUUCCUGUUCAAGAGCUAUAAAUGUUUGGAAACUAGCAGGUAUUGACUGGGCAGGCUUUCGGAGUCCUUCUAUAACAUUCAAAAUCUGGUGGACUGACAUAUGCAACAUGAAAAGAGUGAAAAGCUUCAAUGACAGGAUCCAUUAUUCCUCCUACAUUCUUUGGCGUUUGUGGAAAUGUCAAAACCUUUGGAUAUUCAACAAUAUUUGGAAAUCUGAAAGGGACAUUGCUAACCAAGCCUGGAGGGAGUGGAUGGAGUAUGAAGAUCCCAGCCUAAAUGCCUCUUAACCUUGUUCUCUGUGUUUUUUUUGGUGUUUUGAAGGACUGCUAAUUGUGGUUACUAAGCUAGGAGCUCCUGAGCUCAGUGGCAGAGCAAUCACCUACUAUUCAUGGCUGCAGAUACCUUCUUUUGCUUUGUUCGUUAGUU